AUGGAUUAUAAUAAGUACGAAACAUAUUUAGCCGAUGAUUUGUCUACCAAACUUGUUGUUCAGGACCAUACUGCCGAUGGCUAUAGGGUAUUUGAUUCUUUUGAUGAGUUCUGGGAUUUUAGUGAUAAUACCCCUCCACACUUACGGUGUUUCUCUGAAGUAGUGUUUGAGGAUACGCCCCAGACUCCCAUGGUACACGUAGGGAUUUCUUCUCGUUCUAAAAUGCCUAAAAAAAAGAUAGUUGGUACUAUUGAGUCUGUUAUUACUAGCAUGCUAGAGGUUUUCCAUACUAGUUAUCACAACACGAAAAAUGUCCCUAUUUCACCAAAGGACUUGGUAGUUAUGGAUGAAUGUGGUCUUUCUUCUCACGGAUUCUGGAUUUACUCUUUUCAUAUACUAGCUCCUUCAUUUUCUUUUUCCGGAUACCAAGAAGCAUCUAUUUUUCUUGAUAACUUGGCCUUACGUGUACCAAAAAAGAUUCGACAGUACUUGUUUCUCCCUUGUAGCCCUCCUACUCAGUAUAUCCGUAUCCUUGACUCUACAUUUCCAGAUGACGCUAGAAACAAAAAAAUUUCAUCAUAUAGCCGUUACUUAGGGACUGCUACUGAUAUUCCCCGGAAUGGACUAUUUGUUAACCAUUUUCCGGACUUAAAGGUUGAUAGCGUUUCACAAACAACUAGUGAGAACUAUUGUAAUAACAUUUCCGAAAAAACAAAUGAACCUAUCCAAGCUGAUGAGGUUGAUGAUUCACAACUCGCUGUUAUGCAAUAA